AUGGUUGGAAUGCAGUUGUAUGAGUCGAGAACGAAGUCCUAUACUUUUGUUGAUAAACAAGAGGGUCGACGGAUAGACGCGGCCCAAUUUCGCCUUUACCUCCAAAAGUUCGUUCGCACUUGUGGAAUCGGACGAGCGGCUCGCCUCAGGCAUAGGUGGAGUGCGAGUAUU